AUGAUCCUAACUGUUCUACUGGCUCUGGGAAUUCUGGUCAUUCUCCAAUUGCUCUACAACGUACUUUGGCACCCACUGAAGGCUUACCCCGGGCCUACAACGGCCGCUGCCAGCCGAGCCCGCAUCACCUAUGUCACCAUCACCGGGCAGAAGUCCGUCUGGCUGCAAAACCUACACCAGCGAUACGGACCCGUUGUCCGGGUGGCGCCGAAUGAGCUGAGCUACAUGAAGCACGAAGCCGUGAGAGACAUCUACGGGAGUGCUAAUGCGAAUGGACACUUACUCAAUGAUGAUAUCGUGUUCGCCGCAUUCGAGAAUGACAAAGCCACGAUCCUGACCGCGGACGAAGACACUCAUGCCCGAUUCCGGCGGGGUUUCGCACAAUUCUUUGCGAGACAGAAUCUAACAGCCUUUGAGCCACUCUUCAAUAAGUAUUCCGCUCUUUUGGUUCGGCGACUCGAAACAACGGAGCAGAAUGCAUUUGACAUUGCUGAACUGUUCAGCUUCACGGUAUUCGACGUGAUGGGUCAUCUUCUCUUUGGCCAAUCCCUCCAACUGCUCGAAAAGUCUGGCUGCAUUGACUGGGCGAGGGGCCAGCCAGGUUGGAUUCGCGCUUCGGUGACCGCGGCUGCGCUCACUGAAUUUCCGAUCGUCAAGGGCAUAUACCAAUGGCUUCUCCGUGCGGCUAUCCAGAAGCCAAGAAAGAGAUACUUUGAUUUCGCGAACAGGCUCAUGCGUCAACGCCUCCACAAAGACGUCCAUGAUCCCGACCUGGUGGCUUUCGCCACGUCCCUCCCGAAGGCGGACCGUAUAUCGGAGGAGGAGGUGACGCUGAAUACCCCUAUACUGAUGCUCGCCGGCACGGAGACCAUCUCUUGCCUUCUGAGUAGUCUUGUCGCGGACCUCCUGCGCCACCACGACGUCCUUCAGCGCCUGACGGCCGAGGUGCGCUCGAAAAUCUCCGAUCCGAGUUGCAUCUCGAUCGCCGACGUCCGCAACCUGAAAUACCUGGAUGCGUGCAUUAAAGAAGCCUUUCGGAGAUACAAUCCGGUGCCAGAGAUCCUGCCUCGCGUUGUCGGCCCCGGAGGCAUCCGCGUCGCCGGUCGGUGGGUUCCAGGCGGCACUCGGGUGUAUGUAUCUAUGUACGCCACGUCGAAUGCGAGCGAGUAUUUCCACAACGCGGAUCGAUUUGAGCCAGAUAGGUGGCUUGAGGAUCCGCACGGAUCGUAUGCCGGUGAUUGUCGAGCCGCGCUGCAGCCUUUCUCCGUCGGAAAGAGGUCCUGUAUUGGACAAGAUAUGACAUAUUACACGUUGCGGCUGUUGAUGUGCAGCCUUCUCUGGCAUUUCGACAUCAGCUCCGAGCUCGAUGUUGACGAGUGGUUAUCCGGCCAGAAAGCAUGGGAGGUAUGGAGACGGGCGCCGCUUCUUGUCCGAGUCGAGCAGAGGACGAGCUCUUGA